UGUGAAGCUGAACCUGGUUGUGUGUGGCAAUAACAUAUUAAAAUCCUUCAUAUCAAACCUGAUCCUGAAGCAGAGCGAGAGCGAGAGCAGAUCAGAGCUGAUCUCAGAGUGUGUGAGGAGAGACGUGGAGCUUGAUGGACGUCUGAUCAGUCUGGUGGAGCUUCCAGCUCUGUUCAACACUCAGCUCUCAGAGGAGGAAGUGAUGCGUCAGACUCACCGCUGUGUGUUUCUCUGUCAUCCUGGAGUUCAUGUGUUCAUCCUCAUCAUUCCUGAUGCUCCACUUAAUAAUGAAGACAGAGCAGAAAUAGAGGAGAUCCAGAGGAUCUUCAGCUCAAGAAUCAACAAACACAUCAUGAUCCUCAUAAAGCAGGAUUCAGAUCAACAGACUGCAGAACUAAAUGAAGAAACUCAGUCUGUCAUUGAGAGAUUUGGAGGACGGCAUCAUUUCAUUGGUCCAAACACACAAGCAUCUGUGUUGAUGGAGAAAUUAAAGCAGAUGGUUGAAGAAAAUAGUGGUGAUUGUUUCUCCACAGAGACGUUGAUGGAGGAAAAGAUGGAAAAACUGCAGAAAUUAGAAGAAAUGAAGAAGAGAGUCCAUUCAUUAGAGACGUGGUUUCAGUUACAAGAUUCAAGAGAAAGGGAAGAUGAACUGAGGAUUGUGCUGCUGGGAAAAACUGGAGCUGGGAAGAGUUCAACUGGAAACACCAUCUUAGAAAGAGAAGCAUUUAUAUCAGACUUUUCUGAAGAAUCUAUUACUAAAGAGUGUCAGAAAAAGACAGCUGAAAUCAACAGCAGACACAUUACUGUGAUCGACACUCCAGGACUGUUUGAUACUGAACUCAGUAAUGAAGAAAUCCAGAGAGAAAUCAGCAACUGCAUCUCCAUGAUCCUGCCUGGACCACAUGUGUUUCUCUUACUGAUAUCACUGGGACGAUUCACUGAAGAAGAGAAAACAGCAGUGAAGAUCAUCCAAGAGACUUUUGGAGAAAACUCAUUAAAGUACACCAUAGUGCUCUUCACCAGAGGAGAUGAUCUGCAGAACAAAACCAUUGAAAAGUUUCUGGGAAAACCGGGAUCUGCUCUGAAUCACCUGAUUGAAGCAUGUGGAAACAGAUUCCAUGUGUUCAAUAAUAAAGAGACUGAAGACCGAACACAGGUGACUGAUCUACUGCAGAAGAUAGACAACAUGGUGAAAGAGAACGGAGGGAGUUACUACUCAUGUAAGAAGUUCAGAGAGAUGGAGAGAGAAAUACAAGAACAACAGAAGAACAUACUGAUGGAGAAAGUGGAGCAACUGAACAGAGAACAAGAAGAACUGAUGAACAAACAUAAAGAAGAGAAAAAUAAGAUGAAGAUGAAAAUUGAGGAAGAAAGAAAGAAUCAUGAGAAAGAGACAAAGAGGAGAGAAGAAGAAUUUAGAAAAAGAGAAGAACAAUAUAAAAGAGACAUUAAAGAAAGAGAGGAACAAGAGAGAAAGUUACGAGAGGAGAUGAAGAGAGAACGAGAGGAAUGGGAGAAACAGAGACAACAGGAAAGACAAAAAAGAGAAGAAGAGGAGGAGAAAUGGAGAAAGAAAGAACAGGCAAUGCAGGAGAGAAUGGAAAGGGAGAAAGAAGAUCUUCAGUCCAAACAUGAAAAAGAGAAAGAACUAAUGAAAAUGACGAUGGAUGAGGAAAGACAGAAUCAUGAGAAAGAGAGAAAGAGAAGAGAAGAAGACUUUAUUGAGAGAGAAGAACGAUAUAAAAGAGACAUUAAAGAGAGGGAGGAACAAGUGAGAAAGAUAAGAGAGGAGAUGAAAAUUGAACGAGAGGAAUGGGAGAAACAGAAACAAGAAGCAAGACAAAAAAGAGAUGAAGAGGAGGAGAGAAGAAAAAAGAUAGAGCGGGAAAAAUGGGAUGAAUAUUAUCAGAAUUUUAAACAAGAGAGAGAACGAAUGAAGAAAGUAAUGGAUGAAGAAAGACAGAACCUUGACAAACAGACAAAGAGAAGAGAAGAGGAAUAUCUUAAAAGAGAAGAACAAUAUGAAAGAGACAUUAAAGAAAGAGAAGAACAAGAGAGAAAGAUACACGAGGAAAUGAAGAGAGAACGAGAGGAAUGGGAGAAACAGAAACAACAUGAAAGACAAAAAGAAGAAGAGGAGAAAGCAAGACGUAGAGUUAAUGAACUUAAUAUGAAAACUCUUGCGAUUCAGCACACAAACAGUAAGUCAAACAAUAACCAGAUAAUUCUGAAAUUAAUUAGUAAUUUUUUGUUAGGUUUAACACCUUGCUUUUAUUUGCGAGCGAAAACUGCAGCAGAAAACUGUUGCAUUCCGCCCCCGAGCCAGAGAAGGGCUCGUGGUGAGUAUGGUAGUGGAAGUGGGAGUGGUGGUGUAACCAGUGGUGUGACAAUGGCUGGGGAGAUCGUGGAAGGGAGACAGAGGACUGCACACACCUUGGAUGUAGGGCAGACUGGGGAAUCCACAGAGCUGAAGACAAGAAAGGACACAGGAAAACACACUGGAGGAACCACAGGAGAUUAUGAAGAUUCAAUGUCAGAUGCAGGAUGUGUGAGAAUAUUGCAUCUUGGACGGAAAGGAAGUGGAAAGUCUGCAACAGGAAACACUAUCCUAAGAAAAAAUGAAUUUCAAAGUGAAGACAGUUCAACAUCUGUGACCACUGUUUGUCAGAUGGGAGUUGUUGAAGUUGCUGGUCAAUCAGUAACUGUUAUUGAUACUCCAGGACUCUUCGACACGACACUGACAAAAGAACAUGUGCAGGAAGAAAUAAUGAAUUGUGUUUCACUGUCAGCACCUGGACCACAUGCAUUUAUCAUUGUGCUGAGUGUGGGAAAAAUCACUCCAGAGGAUAAAGACAUUUUACACAUGAUAAAGAUGGUCUUUGGCUCAAAAGCAGCAGAUUUCUGCAUUGUUCUCUUAACUCGAGGAGAUGAUCUGAGAGGACAAACAAUACAGCAAUAUGUAGAGAGUUGUGAUGAACUCAAGAAAUUGAUCAGUGAUUGUGGAAACAGAUUCCUGGCUUUUAACAACACAGAAACACAAGAUCAGACUCAAGUUACUCAUCUGUUAAAUAUGAUAGAAGAAAUGAAUCAAGGCCAAUACUUCACUAAUGAGAUGUUUGAGGAGGCAGCGAUCUCCAUUGAACAGAGUCUGGAAAUAAUAGAAGAGAAUGAAAGAAAAAAUCAGGUUCAAUUUGAAGAAUUAAAAGCCAAAUAUGACAGGGAACACAAAAACAUGAGAAAGACACUGGAGAAGAAGAAACAAAGGGGAGAUGAGGAACGAGAGAGAUUGAAGAACAAGUUCAGAGACAUAGAAGAAAGACUCAGGAGAGAGUUUGAGGAGAAAGAAAAAUCAGAUCAGAAGAAACAAGAGACGGAGGAUCAGAAACGAUCAGAAGAAGAGAAACAACAAAGAGAUGAAUAUCUUCUGAGAAUAGAGGAGAUGAAGAAAGAGAUUGAAGAUCAGAGAAUACAGUAUGAAGAAGAGCUAAAAGAAAGAGAAAUAGAAGAUAGAAAGAGAGAGGAGGAAUAUAAACAAGAGCAAGAAAAGAGGAGAAAUGAGCACGAACACAUCAUGACAGAGUUAAGAAAAAAACAGGAAGAGGAAAUAAAAAAGAGAGAUUUAGAGGAAAAAAUGAGGACAGAACAAGAAGAGAAAGAGAGAGAGGAAUGGAAGAGAAAAAUAAAAGAGGCUGAAAAUGACAAAGAGACUGAGGAAGAAAUUAAACGACAGAUGAGAGAAUGGGAAGAAGAGGAAAACAAACAGAUGAGAGAACGAGAGGAAGAGGAAAGAGAGACAAAAGAGAGACACGAGAAUCAGCUGAGAGAAAAACAAGAAGAACUGGAAAACAAGAGAAAGAAAUGUGAAAGAGAGAGAGAAGAAGAAGAACAGAUGAUAGAGGAGGAGAGAGAAAAACUGAAGAGGGAAAGAGAAAAAAACAAGAAAGAUUAUGAAGAAAAGAUAAAUGAAAUGGAGAGACGUUAUGAGCAAAUGGAACGAGAGAGAAGAGAGGAGUGGAGGAGAAGAAAACGAGAGUAUGAAGAGAGAAGAGUGGAGAAGAGAAAGAGAUGGGAGAAAAUGAUAGAAGAUCUAAAACAAGAGCAAGAGAAGGAGAUCAAGAGAAGAGAAAGAGAGGAGAGAGAAAGAAUAGACAGAGAAGAAAGAGAGUGUGAUGAAAUGAAACAGAAAUAUGAAGAACAAAAAGAGAAGGUGAAGAAGAAACAUCAAGAUGAAGCAAGAAAACAAAGAGAAGAACUGAAUGAUUUCAAAGAGAGAAAAGAACAGCACAUUCAGGAGCUCAAGGAGAGAUUUGAAGAGUUUCAAAAACAACUGAAUGAAGUGAAAAAGUUAAGAAUGGAGAUAGAAGCUAAAUGGUCAUGUCAUGUCAUGUGAAACAUUAUUGAUCAGCCAAAUGAAUGGUAACGUGACUUUUGUAGUGAAUUUGAAGGGUUUUUCUAUCUUUCUCUUUCUUUCUUUACAUAAUCUGGGUUAUUCCCACAUGCUCCUGAAGAGUCACUGUCAUGCAGAUUUGAAUAACUUACUGAACAUACCAGUUAUUAUUAAGAGAUCAUGUAGACCUUGAUGAGUGGAUUUGAAUAGAGUUAAAGCUCUGCAGGAGCAGAUUUGAAUAGACCUGAACAUAAAUGAUCAUUCAAAAUAAAUUUUCUUUUUGUAGAUAAAAAAAA